AUGGCUGUUACACUGAAGCGCAAACGAGGCGCUGUCUCGUACAAGGAGCCAAGUACCGACGACGACUUAUCCAGUAGCUCCGGCCAUGAACCAUCUACCAGGAAGCCGCGCACCGCCCCUACCCGCCGCUCGAGUCGCCAUCCACAAGUAGUUGACGAUGCCUCGAGUGAAAGCGAACACGCUGCGCCAACCCCCCCUGAUCAUCGCCAACCAAGUGUACGAAGCUUACGGAGGAGGCAAGGCAAGCAGAAGAUAUCAUACAAAGAUGUCAGCUCCGACGAGGAUGAGGACGAUGACCCGGAUGCCGACUUCGAGUUGGUUGAAGAGCGGGUGAUGCCAGUGCGAACCAGGUCCCGGCCAGUUGCACCAGCAUCACCUCGAUAUCAGGAGCGUGGGCAGGCGAAAAGGGGCAGAGCUAAACGCAAGGCUGUCUUGGGCGCAUCACGGAAGCCAAACGACCAAGUGCAAGUCGAGCGCAAAACAGUGGACAUUCUCACAGAUGGUCACAAGCCUACCUGGGCUUUUCUUCCAUACCAUGUACUCCUUCAGAUCUUCGUGUACGCCUCACACCCACUCCACGAUGAGAACAUGAGGCCGACCGCAGCCAUUCCAUGGCUAGUGCAGAUGGCAACCAUGUGUUCUGCAUUCGAAAAGCCGGCUCUCACUGCUCUUUACCGCAAUCCGCCAAUAUUCGCAAUGAGACAGACUCGGAAAGACCUGGUCCACCACCUCAUCACACCUCCGCCUGGGGCACACGACGACUAUCGUGUCAUGGUCAAGCGGCUAGAGCUAGAUGCUACGCAAAUGACUGCUCUCACGGACCAGUCAAAUAGCGUGGCGGAUCUUGCGGCGCUGGUUCAGUCACUAACGACACUGCGCGAGAUCGACAUCUUUGAUCCAAUGGAUAGGCCGCCCUUUCGACCGCGGCUUAGGCGAAUUCGCCGAUGGGUAUAUCCCAACGAGCUCUUUGAUGCUUUGCGACAAACUAGCCUGCGACUCAGGAGCUGGCGGUGGAACAGCACUUUCUGUAGCCAAGAUCUCCUUUGGAUGAAGACGAUUCAUGCCGACGCUGCAUUCAAGAGCCUUUGUGAUCUGACGCUAACCAAGUUUCACCCGGCGCCUAGUCGUAGGGCCCGUGAUGACGACGACGAAGUCCAGGUCCAGCCGACCAUGGAGGAGUUGCUUGCAUCUGCGUUGGCUGUCCUUCCAAACCUUAAGAGCUUGUCAUUUGAGACAUGCGGUGUUGUCAGUGGGGCACUACUUCCACUCCUACCGUAUAACCUCACCAGUUUGAGCAUUACCAACUGCGGAGAACUACUCUCUGACGCCCUGACCGCUUUCUUGACUACGCAUGGCGCACAUCUAGAGGAGCUAGUGCUGAACCACAACCAAGCGCUCGACAUGUCAUUCCUGGUCGGCCUGAAACAAUCAUGUCCUAAGCUUGAGGUCCUUAGAAUGGACACAACUUACUACAGUUCUCUUGCCAUGUCUUCAGACAAUGAGCCGCUCUACGAGACUCUUCUUGGUGAGGAUGAGAUACCCAGCUGGCCGACUACCCUACGCACCAUCGACUUGGAGUAUCUACGGAACUGGAAUUCCAAAUCUGCCAACAAUCUCUUCAGCUCGCUCAUUGACGCCGCUGAAGAGCUGCCCUGGCUGCAGGAAAUCACCAUCAUCGCAAUGGUAAAUACUGACUGGCGACAAAGGGCCGAGGCGCGCCAGAAAUGGAGCGCCAAGUUCAAGAAGGUGUUUGCAAGGAAGUGGGAAGCUCCUGAUCCGCAUCUUGCAUCUCUCAGGGCUUUCCGAGAGUCGGAGGAGAAUGGGAGAGAAGAAAAGGUGGAUUCGUUCAUAGACGGUGUCGCAGAGGAGCAAGCAGACACAGUCGGAGCAACCGUUGCAGUAGCUGAAAGUGACAGCGAUAGUGACGUUCCUCUACUCAAGUCACGCGUGCAAACGCAAAACGAGGGUUGGGGCUCUCAGCGCCUUAGAUGUCGCUCCAAAGCAGCAACCAGCUAUGAUGAGUCGUCGAGCGACGAAUCUGGCACAGAGGAGACAGCGUCGGAUGAAGACGAAGAGUUGUUUGUGCAAGGGCGGUGUCACACAGUCAUCUUCCGUGUCGACAACUUCCGUCCGCGCGAAGAGAUCUUCAACGAAGCCGACUUUCUUGAUGCCGAGCCCAGCGGCGAUGAGGAGUGGAACGGCAACGACAACGACAACGACAACGACAACGAUGACGGAGGCGGGUAUGCGUGGUGA